ACAGCCUAGCGUUUUCUCGAAAAAAAUUUAAACAAAAAAUGCAUAUCGUUUUUCUUUCUCUACCUCUCCUUCGAGAAAGUAUUGAAAAGUUUGGGUUUCGGCUCCUCUCGAUUAUCGAGACCCCCUCUGGAAUUGAAGUAUGGGAAAGAGGAAAUCAAGAGCAAAGCCUGCUCCUAAGAAGCGAAUGGAUAAGCUUGACACCGUUUUUAGCUGUCCCUUCUGUAACCAUGGAACAAGUGUUGAGUGCCGCAUUGAUAUGAAGAACUUGAUUGGUGAAGCCUCUUGCGGGAUAUGCCAAGAAAGUUUCAGCACUGUUAUAACAGCUUUGACUGAACCUAUAGACAUAUACAGUGAAUGGAUAGAUGAAUGUGAGCGGGUUAACAACCUCGAAGAAGAGGAUGUGGAUCAGGAUGAUGAUGUUUAUGUGCCCAGAAAACGGGUUUCAACAGCUGAAUGGGAUGAUUAGUAGUAGCCACCAACGUUUUAGAACUUUGCAAAGCC